AUGAAGUCGUUGGUUGUGCUCUUUGUCGCCUUUGUUUUGAUCUUGGGAACUCUGGAAGCCAACGCGAAAAGGCCACCUUUGAAGAACCCUCGGCUACUCAGCGAUACCAAUCUUGGUCGAAAGGUUGAAGUUGGUGCUGAUAACAAAGGCGUGACAGAUAACAAAGGAGCUGGAAAUACUGAAAAUGAAACUGGCACCGUGACAGAUAACAGUGAUGCCGAUAAAAAUGAAAAUUAUGGUUACUAUGGAAAUGAUUCUGGCCCAUCAAAAGGGAUUGAGAGGAGCAGUGCGAUCAUGAAGACCUUUCUUGUUCUAUUUGUUGCAGUUGUGUUGAUCCUGGGAACCCUGCAAACCAAUGCAACAAGGCUCCCUUUGGAGGAUCGUAUGCUACUAAGUGGUGUAAAUAAUGAUGCGCAGGUUAAGCCUGAUGCCAAUCAAAAAGGUCUUGCUGGAAACAAAGCAGCUGAAGGAACUGACCAAGAGGCAGCUGAUAACAAGGCUGAUGAUGUGAAUGAGAAUUACAAUAACUAUGAACAAAAUUCAGGGUCAACCUCUCACCGAUAUUUCACCGAUGAACACAAACCCGGUACGAAAGACGGUGACCGUCGUCCGUAA